AUGGGUAUCAAGGGUAUCCGGACUGCUCUGAAGGUUGACCUCGACAAGCCAGCUCGUGAACAGCUCGGCUUACAUAACAGAUGGCAUCCUGAAGUGCCGGCUGUCGGGAAGAUUGCCAACAAUGAAGUUGUCAAGAUCGAGUGUCUUGAUUGGACCGGAGGGCAAAUCGGUAACAACGAUUCCGCCGACGACCUCAGGAACGUAGACCUGACUCAGAUUCACUAUCUCUCCGGUCCCUUCGACAUCGAGACUGCAGAGCCUGGUGAUGUUUUGCUCGUCGAGAUACAAGAUGUCCAGCCAUUUGAAGAUCAACCAUGGGGAUACUCUGGUGUUUUUCACAAAGAGAAUGGAGGUGGUUUCCUCGAUCAAAUCUACCCCGAGACAGCCAAAGCUAUCUGGGAUUUCGAGGGCAUCUUUUGCUCGUCUCGACACAUCCCGCACGUGCGCUUUGCCGGACUGAUUCACCCUGGCAUAUUGGGCUGUGCCCCUUCCGCAGAGAUUUUGGCGGAAUGGAAUCGCCGUGAGGGCGAACUCAUUGCAGCCAACACUGUCGCGGAUCAGAUCGUCGCCCAGCCACCUAACCCAACGAAUGCUCAUGGUGGAAAUGCUGCGGGAGAUGUGCAGAGUAGAAUCGCCAAGGAGGGCGCCAGGACUAUUCCUGGACGACCCGAGAACGGCGGCAACUGCGAUAUCAAGAACCUCUCACGUGGAUCAAAGAUCUAUCUCCCUGUCCACGUCCCUGGAGCAAAGUUCUCUGUCGGUGACCUGCACUUCUCUCAGGGCGAUGGCGAAGUCUCAUUCUGUGGUGGAAUCGAGAUGUCCGGUGUGAUCACCCUCAAGUUCACAGUCAUCAAAAAUGGCGUGGCGAAGCUGGAUAUGAAGUCUCCUAUCUUCCAUGCAGGCCCAGUGGAGCCACAAUUUGGUUCUGGGAGAUACCUGACGUUUGAAGGAUUCUCGGUCGAUGAGCAUGGUAAACAGCAUUUCUUGGAUACAACAGUCGCGUACAGACAAGCUUGUCUGCGGGUAAUUGAGUACCUUCGGCGCUAUGGGUACAGUGAUUAUCAAAUCUAUAUUUUGCUCAGUUGUGCACCAGUACAGGGACAUAUUGCGGGAAUCGUGGACAUUCCGAAUACUUGUACCACACUUUCGGUGCCAAUGGAUAUCUUCGAUUUCGAUAUUCGACCGGAGGCCGAUGUUGUCAAGAAGGAGAUGGCCAAUUGCGCUUUUGAGAGCAAGUGA